CUACAUAAAAGGAAAUAUACACAGUUUAACUUUUUUAAAUAUGUGGAUAUUUCUGGGAAUAGCGAGCUUAACUUAUCUUUAUAAAAAGUCGGAGAUUUUUUCUUACCUUCGCAAAGAAUUGGUCAUGGCUGCUGUUUUAAUUAUUGCAGUCAGUCUGCUGUUGUCAUAUUUCUCUUAUUUUCACCGUGACAAGUUCAAAAUGUUCCAGGUGUCUAGUUUAUCUUUAGGUCCGUCGUUUUUACCUUUUUUAAACGAAAGUUCGGCACUGAGGCGCCACAGAGCACAGAACACAAAGAAGCGUUGGGCUAUAAAAACGUCAGAAACAGACUCCUCUCUUUCUGAAGGAGCCUCAGCCUGUGAGUCCUCUGUGGUCCCAGAGCCUGAUGUGCUUAUAGUCGGGGCCGGGGUCCUGGGCUCUGCGAUGGCAGCUGUGCUGGCCCGGGAUGGGAGGACUGUGAUCGUGGUGGAGCGGGACCUGAAGGAGCCGGACAGGAUAGUUGGGGAGCUGCUGCAGCCUGGAGGCUACAGGGCCCUGAGAGAGCUGGAGCUGGAGGGAGACAAGUCCACACCAAAAAGUUUGGACCGUUUUGACGCCUUUAACCCUGCCAAAGAGCACAAGUGUGACACUUUGACACAGCACGCAAGACAGUCAGAGAGGGGAACACAUACUCACAUUCAUCAUCCCACCAGUCAGACAGAGCACAGUUCUCAGCCAAACACUCUGUGGGGCCCUGACAAGGAAGCACAAACCUCCUCCACCAACCUGAGCAGCAUCCUGGAGGACCAAAUUCCCAUUGAUACUGCCAACCUUGCAAAGGUGUCUGCAGUAGAUGGCCCAGUUAGAUGCAACCCACCUCCCUCAGUGAGGACUGUUCACGGGGACUGGAGAACUGACCGCAGGACACAAUCUGUAUCCUACCAGUUCAAUCCAGGAGUGUUCAACAGUCUUUGGGGAGCCUGCAGUCUGAAGGUCGACACCCUAGAUGCAGUGUCAACCAUUCCGUCCUCCUUCAUGAAUGUCACAUUUAUUGAAGGGACUGUGACCAGUUUGGAAGAAGCAGAUGACUGUGUGACCGGGGUCCAGUACAAGGACAAAGAAAGUGGAGAACUCAAGAAAAUCCACGCAGCGCUGACAGUGGUGGCUGAUGGCUGUUUCUCUAAAUUCAGAAAAAGUCUGGUGUCGGGGAAAGCUCACAUCUCCUCCCACUUUAUUGGAUUGCUCAUGAAGGACUGCCCCCAGUUUAAAGCCAACCAUGCUGAGCUGGUGCUGGCCAACCCGAGUCCGGUACUCAUCUACCGGAUCUCCUCCGCAUACACCAGAGUACUCGUUGACAUCAGGGGGGAGAUGCCGCGCAACCUCCCAGAGUACAUGACGGAAAAAAUACACCCUCAGUUGCCAGAGCAUUUAAAGGAGCCUUUCAUGGUGGCGCUGCAGAACGAUCGGCUCAGGUCCAUGCCUGCCAGCUUCCUCCCUCCCUCCUCUGUCAACAAACCAGGAGUCCUUCUGCUGGGCGACGCCUUCAACAUGAGGCACCCGCUGACGGGAGGAGGGAUGAGCGUCGCUCUCAAUGACGUGCGCAUCUGGAGGCGCCUGCUGGAGACCAUCCCAGAUCUGUGUGAUGACCGAGCUGUGCUGCAGGCAAAGAAAAUUUUCCACUGGGAGCGCAAGUCUUCACACUCGUUUGUGGUGAACGUUCUGGCUCAGGCUCUGUACGAGCUGUUUGCUGCUACAGACGAUUCUCUCCACGAACUCAGAAAAGCCUGUUUUCAGUACUUCAAGCUGGGCGGAUGCUGCGUCGCCGGACCUGUUGGACUCCUCUCAGUGUUGUCACCCCAACCUUUGACCCUGCUUGGGCACUUCUUCGCCGUGGCCCUGUACGCCGUCUACUUCACGAUCACGUCCACGUCGUGGAGAAACAAACCUGGAGCAGUUUUAAAAAGUGCAGCCAUCCUGUACCGAGCCUGUACAGUCAUGUUUCCCCUCAUCUACUCUGAACUCAAGCACCUGGUGGUCUGAGAGUUCAGUAC